AGCGAAUUUUAGUUAGUUGCUUUUCGCUAACGUAGUGGUUGUGUUAGCUAGUUUAUUCUUUAUUUUUACGGAAUUGUUUUUUAUAGUGUAUAUAGUGCAGUGAAAUGGCAUCGUCGCGAAAAAAACAAGACGAAAAUAACCUGAAAACUCUCAGGGAACUAGGCUCUUUACCUCAAAACAAGUUCUGCUUUGACUGUGGCCAAAGGGGCCCCACUUACGUAAAUGUUACAAUAGGAUCUUUCGUUUGCACCAAAUGCUCAGGAAUCUUGAGAGGCUUAACCCCACCGCACCGCGUCAAAUCCAUAUCGAUGGCCACAUUCACCACAGAGGAGAUAGAUGUCGUUCGGAACAGAGGAAACGACUAUUGUCGGAGGGUGUGGCUAGGUUUGUACGAGGGCGUGGCACCCACGCAUUCAGGUGACGAACAACAGAUCAGAGACUUUAUGAUCGAGAAAUACGAGAGGAAGAGGUACUAUAUGGAAAGUGGCGCGAACAAAAUCGAGACGGCGACGCCCGUCAUUAUCCCGACGCAGAACGGCACUAGGAAUGGGUUAAAUCGUAACAGCAACAACAACCAAAACGGUGUUAUAACCAAUGGAACGUCGAGGAGUCGCCCCGAGCCUAGAACGACGCCUAACUACAAUAACAAUUUGGUUGGUGGUUUUGCCGAUUUCGACAAAGCUGAUAUAUUUAGUGCCUCAAAUACCGGAUCGUCACAGAGUUCACAACAAAAUGGAUUUGCUGAUUUUGAACAUAAUUCAGUAUUUAAUGCCAGUAGUACUAAUAGUAAUGGUAUGCCCAUACCAACGACAAUAAAUGCUUGGGUGCCAACCCCCACGCAACAGAACGGUGUUUUAAAUGGUUUAAAUACAUCUCCAUUGAUUAAUUCCACACCACCACCUGUUGAAGACAAAUAUGCCGCGCUGAAGGAUUUGGAUAACGAAAUGAAGCAGCAGCAACAACAGGACGUAUGGUCCAGUUCCAACACGGGUUCAACAGGUUCACUCUACAGCUCGUCGACCCCAACUACAGGGUCAGUUUACGGUUCGCCCUCUCCUCAGGGUUCAAUUUUUGGAUCUCCUAGUCAAGGCCAGUUUGUGACAGCGUUUACGCCCUUUCAAGAAAAUAAUCCGUUCGGUUCCAACCCAUGGGCGCAGAAGCAGCCAUUAGUCAAUCCAUUCAAAGAACAGAACAAAGGUACUAUCUUGCAGCCUAUCCUGCCAACCAACGGUAUCACUAAUGGAUAUAGUAAUGGUUGGGGUGGUAAUCCGUUUAAGGUCGGGACAGUAUCGUCUUCGUCGAACGUCAACAAUCCAUUUUUAUGAAGCCAGCCUUUCUGACUAUUUCUUAACUUAUGCUCGCCUUAAACGUACCUCAAUAACUCCAACCCUUCCCGAGUACGUAAAAAAUAACAAUUCUGCCUCUGUCACUCUCUCUUUUGUUUAGCUUUAAUUAUAUGUAUCAGAACAAAGAUGCUUCUUGCAUAAGACUAGAAUUUAUUCUCUUCGAUUUGCGUUGCACUUAGCAGGCUAACCGAAGUGAAUAAAUCCGAGCUAAUAGCCUAAUUAAGCUGUAACUUAUUGUUUUUUUUUUGUUAUAUUAUGGUGUAUAUUUAUUUUUUGUCGAAUCUUUUUCCAUAAUGGCCUUUUUAUGGUAAGGUGACAAGGAUCAAGUUUUGAUAGUAGGGUGAGAAAGAUUGUGAGGGGGUAUGAAGUCACUGAAAUUUUUUGCCAUAGCGUAGCCACUCACACACAGAUAUUUUGUAUUGUUUUACCACAAAGUAAAAGCAAUAGCUAACUAGAAAUUUUGUAUCUCAUAACUGGAAACAUCGUAUUCAAAAAUAUUUUUUUAACAUAAUUAGUCAUUGAACUUAAAAGACAAAAGAAUAAGAAAUGUAUUGUUUACCGUAACAAUAGUCUUGUGAAAUCAAAAGCGUACAUACGAACAUUAAUGCCUUUUUAUGUGAGUGCUCAUUAUAUUAACGUUAUUGUUAAACUAAAUGACGAAAAAAUUGAUUGUUGAUAAUUUUCAGUUUCGACAGAAAAUUAAUCAACAGACAAUACAAUCAACAACGUCAUAUUAUAUGCAAUAGUUAUUAAAUGUGCUUAGAGAUAUAAAAACGAUCCUAAAUUAAACACUAAUUUUUUGAUAGGUGUUCUUUUACUACAGUUUUGCUGAGUAAAGUUUAAUACACAUACCCUGCUGGUCAUCCAAUUUAUGUGGUCUGGAUUUUGUGUGACAGGGAAUAAUAUAAAUGGCCGGUUGACAGCACAAAACAUCCCCCUUUAGAACUUUUUCUUUAAUGGCCAUAAGCGGGAGUAAAAGACCAACCGCCCGAACAAACACUAGAGGCACCACCGGUCAUCAAAUGGUGUAAAAAUUGCGA